UUAGGCUUGAACCUCGUGUGCCGCCUGCGCCCUCCUUGUGGAGCGCCGGCAUUUUGCCGGCAUGACAUUUGACUCCGCCGGCCCCUCCUCCCCACUGGGACAGUCUGGCGGAGCUGACUUGGUUCAGAGCGAGGGUGAAGGUGCCAGUCAGUUGGAAGCCGGUUGACUUGGGCAGACGCUGGCUUUGUUGUUAGAGGUAGUGUUCUUAGGGCUGGUUUCACGGUCUCUUAAAACCCAAGGGUGGAACCGGGACGCAGAUGUGUUUCUUUUCAAAUCAAACCCGCUUUAGGUAAUCGCCCCGGAGGAUGUUUAGCCCCUUUGGGCAGAGGAGUCCCGGGACUGGGGAUUUCUAAAGAUGUUUGGUUUGAAAAGGAUGGCAUUACAUGGUGUAGGUUGUUUGCUCCCCGCCCCCCCGCCCCAUAUUUUCAGUCCCACUUUCCCUCUCCUCCUUGGAGUUUUGGCUUGUUGGUUGGGUUUUUUGCCGGUUUGGCAACUCUACGUCUGGGGCCCGGACUGAAAAGCUAACGAUGACCAGCCAUUUAACUGUGGAAUAGUGUCUCCGAGUGAAGGAAGCCCGUCGUUUGAUUAAAGCUGGAUUCUGCAAAGCCCUGGGACAUGACUGUAGGGAUGACCUGUGAGCUGGCCAGAAUGGACACAUUCAUGACCAAAUAGGCCUUUUUCCAUCCCCGACAUUGCCGUUUGGAGUUAGAUCUAGACAACAGUGACUCUGGAAGGGAGGGUUGCCGGAGCAGGUCUGGACCUGAUGCUCCAUGCUCUGCUCAAACAUGCUGUGCCUUUAAACCUUAGUUUCUGUGAUCAGUGUUGCCUGAGUUGUCAGGCAGCUGCUUUUCCAAAGUGUUACAAAGUGUUACUUGUGAUAUUUAUUAUUAAAGCUUGGUAAGCAAUGAAGUCUGAGCUCCUUACGCAGUUUUCGGUAUCAUUCUGUACAUGAUUGGAGUGAGGUCUUCCAAAACUAAUGGGGAGCAAACGCUACACAUGUACAUGUAUAAUAUUUUCAAAUAAUGAUCUACAUUUGUAAGUUAAGGAGGUUUACAGCAAAGUAAAAAUAAUUUUGAAAUUUAAUAAAGUGCAAUAACUUGGCUACUCUGGAAUUUUGGCCUUUUUUUCUUGUAAAUGUUUUUUUUUUUAAUACUUUUUGGUCCGCAUUACAAAAGUCAGCAUUAAAAAAUCAGGCAGACUUUUGUUUGUCUCUCUAUGUUUGUUUUUGCAAGCCUAAAUCUGAGUGUUUCUAACUCACUCGUUUAUUAUCUGAUACUGCACAUCAACAGCAGCUUCCCUGAAUCUUUAUGUUAAAAGCAUAACUAAAAAUGCCCUUCUUAUUCCUAAUUUGGCGACAGUGCCUGUUGGUCCAUGUACAUAAACAUGGAUGCGUCUUAACGUAUGUGAUUCCCUGGGGGUGUAAAGUUUAGAAGAAGAUAUUUAUAUUGCACCUGCUAAUAGUUUUGCUCUGUUUCCAGUGAACCUCCUUAAACUGCACGUAUAUGUCACUGUUCCUAUGUAUGUGUGUCUCUCUAUCACGUAACCCAGCACUUAUUUCCUCAGCCAAGUGGCUAGGGGGCGAGCCUAGCCAAGAUUUUACCUCCAAUGGACGCAAGUUUCUUUGGUGAAGAUCUCUCCUGAGAGUUCGGGACUAGCAGAAAGAAGCGAGGAAAUUUCGACCGUUGGGUUCUUACGGAUAGGUAUUUAUGUAUUCGGUUUGUGUGAAUGUAAGCUAUGAUAUUUGACUUCUCAGAAAAAAAAAUUUCUAGUUUUUAUUUUUUUGCAAAUGGCAUUGAAUGGUUGACCAAAUCAUAAACGGUAAGCACUGCCAGUGAAGUGGGCACCAUUUAUGCUGUUAAAGGAUUGUUUACCUUUAAUUAUAAGCCUUAUCAUACUAUACAAAGGAAUUUAGACUUUGUUAAGAUAACUUGAGUUUUAAAAGUAGGUGAGAUGUGACUAGCCAAAUUAAAUAUAAAUCCGACAAGAUUUUUUUAUGUUUGUUUUAAUAUUUUUAUUUCUUUGUUUUCAUUGGUAAGUAUAUAUGUGAAACAUCCCACACGAACCAACCUAGACGUUAACUUCUUCCCAGUGACCAGCGUGUUCAUAUUACAGAUAUGAUGGGCGCGGUCACCUGCAUGACCUUUCUGAGUACGAUGCUGAGUAUUCCACGUGGAACCGCGAUUACCAGCUCUCUGAAGAGGAGGCACGAAUAGAUGCCCUGUGUGAUGAGGAGAGAGGAAGAAUACAAGCGAUUGAGUGAAGCCCUGGCGGAGGAUGGGAGCUAUAACGCGGUGGGCUUCACCUACGGUAGUGACUACUAUGACCCGUCCGAGCCCACGGAGGAGGAGGAACCUUCUAAACAGAGAGAAAAAAAUGAGGCUGAAAACAUAGAGGAAAACGAGGAGCCUUUCAUUGCCCCCGUGGGGCUGAACGUGCCGCCUGACGUGGAGCUGCCACCAACAGCCAAGAUGCACGCUAUCAUUGAGCGCACAGCGAAUUUCGUGUGUAAACAGGGAGCACAGUUUGAAAUAAUGCUGAAAGCCAAGCAGGCCCGAAACUCCCAAUUCGACUUUCUACGCUUUGAUCACUACCUCAACCCCUACUACAAAUUCAUUCAGAAAGCCAUGAAAGACGGACGCUACGCGGCGCCGGCGGGAACCCGAACCGCGGAGAAGAAGAAGUCGGGGGUCAGCUCUGAUGAUGACGAUGAUGAAGGAGAUGGGAGUUACCUGCACCCGUCUCUCUUCGCUUCCAAGAAGUGUAACCGCCUGGAGGAGCUGAUGAAGCCUUUGAAAGUGGUGGAUCCGGAUCACCCCCUUGCUGCGCUGGUCCGUAAAGCCCAGGCCGACAGCCCCGCUCCCACCCCCCCCUCGGCAGACGGCAGUGCGCAGCCCUCCCAGGCGGAGUACGCCGCUGACUCGACCGUGGCCGCCAUGUACUACAGCUACUACAUGCUGCCUGAUGGCACUUACUGCCUGGCGCCACCCCCACCGGGGGUCGAUGUGGCCACUUACUACAGCACCCUGCCUGCCGGCGUGGCCGUGCCCAGCUCCACCGGGGUGACGACCACCGCCCCGCCGCCCCCCGGGACCACACCCCCGCCCCCCCCAACCACAGCAGAGACGAGUAGCGGGGUGACCUCCACCAUCACCACAAGUGCACUUGCCCCCGUGGCGGCCAUCAUCCCCCCGCCCCCCGACAUUCAGCCCGUGAUUGACAAGCUGGCAGAGUACGUGGCUCGCAACGGCCUCAAGUUCGAGACCAGUGUUCGUGCCAAGAACGACCAGAGGUUCGAGUUCCUGCAGCCGUGGCACCAGUAUAACGCCUACUACGAGUUCAAGAAGCAGUUCUUCCUCCAGAAGGAGGGGGGCGACAGCGCACAGGCUGCGUCCGCAACGGAAGAGGCUCCUGCGGAAUCUGCUCCUGAGAAGCCGAGCGACGGUGGGGAGGAGGGUGUGUGUGAGGACUCGGCCGACGCAGGAAGAGGCGGCCCCCCGGGGAAGAAGGAGGCGUCGUCCAGUAAGACGGUGGCGGAUGGGAAGCUGGUCAAAGCUUCAUUUGCUCCGAUAAGCUUUGCAAUCAAGGCCAAAGAAAAUGAUCUCCUUCCCUUGGAAAAAAACCGUGUUAAGCUAGAUGAUGACAGUGAUGACGAUGAAGAGGGCCAAGAAGGCCAGGAAAGUUCCAGUAGUGCCAUGAACACGAACCCGGCGGUUACCCCGCCCUGUGUAGUGGUUGAGGAGAAGCGGCCCCAGCUGACCCAGGAGGAGCUAGAAGCGAAGCAAGCAAAGCAAAAGCUGGAGGACCGACUCGCGGCCGCGGCCAGAGAGAAGCUGGCCCAGGCAUCCAAGGAGUCGAAGGAGAAGCAGCUUCAAGCAGAACGUAAAAGGAAAGCAGCUUUAUUUUUACAGACCUUGAAAAAUCCUCUGCCAGAAGCAGAAGUCGGAAAAGUUGAGGAAAAUCCUUUCAGUGUGGAGGAAGCCAGUUCUGUGCCCUGUCCGCUACUGGCCGGAGGCAGACCUCUGCCCACUUCAGACGUUAAGCCCCCGGAAGGGCCCUCCAGCAAAAGCAAGGACCCCCCGCGGGAAGAGGAGAAGGAGAGGAAGAAGAAAAAGCACAAAAAGCGGUCUCGCACGCGGUCGCGCUCCCCCAAGUACCACUCGUCCUCCAAAUCCAGGCCCAGGUCCCACUCGAAAGCCAAGCACUGUCUCCCCAGUGCCUAUCGGACGGCGCGCCGUUCCAGGUCACGAUCCCGGUCCCCUCGGAGAAGAGCACACUCUCCCGAGAGACGGAGGGAAGAAAGGAGUGUCCCCACUGCCUACCGGAUGAGUAACAGUCCAGGCGUCAGCAGGAAGCGGACCCGGUCCAGAAGCCCCCAUGAGAAGAAGAAGAAGAGGCGCUCGCGGUCCCGGACCGAGUCCAAGGCUGGGUCCCAGUCGGCAUCCCCGAGCAAGCAGGCCACACGCCGGCACACAGCCCACUCGGCCAGCAUCUCUCCCGUGGAGAGUCGGGGCUCCAGCCAGGAGCGCUCCAGGGGAGUUUCUCAGGAAAAAGAUGGCCAGAUCUCCUCGGCAAUUGUCUCCUCCGUGCAGAGCAAAAUAACUCAGGAUCUCAUGGCCAAAGUGAGGGCGAUGCUCGCCGCUUCCAAGAACAUGCAGACCAGUGCCUCCUGAGACACGGGCAUCGCGCCGACCCAGUGCCCGGGCUGCGGGGGCUGGAGAGCCAGGACGCUUCCGCGCGCACAGACCCGUCCCACGCCGUCGCAUUCUCCCCCAGGACUCCCCUGGGCAGUUGGUGGUUUUUGUAAAUUAAUUUUUGAUGACAUUUUCAGUUUAAGAUUUUUGACCAGCAGUCUCUUACCUGUAUAUUUGUAAAUAAUAUCAUGUUUCUGUGAAAAUGUAUUAUCAAAUAAAAUGGGAGGAAAACA